AGACGCUGUUCAGUUCAUUUCCACACAGCUGGACACAGAUACAAGUGAUGGCCUUAGGCAAUCAAAGUGCUUGUGCUCUUUAGAUUGUUUACUUGUGGAGCAAAUGAUCAUCUGUAUUCUUUUUUAACUGUUUUAUGCUCUUAAAAAGUAUGGGAAAGAUCUUUCUGUCCCUCCUUGUAGUCUCUCUUUUGGUGGAUAACUGGUUUACAUAUGGAGUGUCCGUGUUUAUGUCGCCCCAGGCGGCGAGUGCGGUUCUGCGGAGGCAGCGCCGGUACAACAGCGGGCACCUGGAGGAGGUGGUGCAGAGGGACAACCUGGAGCGGGAGUGCAUCGAGGAGAAGUGUAACUGGGAGGAGGCCAGGGAGGUGUUUGAGGACAACGCCAAAACGAUGGAGUUCUGGACUGGUUAUAUAGAUGGGGAUCAGUGCGAGUCCUCUCCUUGUCAGAACGGAGCAAGGUGUCAGGAUGGCUUGAGUUCCUACGUGUGUUGGUGUCCCUCUGGCUUUGGUGGCAAGAACUGUGAGAUAGAGAUUGCUCGUCAGUGUGAUGUGGAUAACGGCGGCUGCAUGCAGUUCUGUGUUGAAGACAAGGUGCGGGGGCCCACAUGUGCAUGUGCCCCUGGGUACCAGCGGGGGGCGGACAAGAUGACCUGCGAGCCACUAAGUCAAUACUCCUGUGGUCGAAUUGGCAAAACCAUAAAGGACAAACUAUCUGCAAGAUCUCUCACUGUUUCGGAAACAGUCGACCUAAACAAGAUGUCAUUCAACGGCCACAUCAACAUGUCCAUUCAAACACCCUCUGAGAACAACACCCUUGACCUCUUCAAUGACCUAGACCUCACCAAUGGCACAGCCAGUCCAGUAUCACUAGAGGUCAACAGCACCCAGCUGCCAGCAGUGGACAAUUGGACAAUUCCUCUCCAACAUAUCUCCUCGUCCAUAGACGAGCGCAUCGUUGGUGGAAACGAGGCUACCAGAGGGGCGAUUCCAUGGCAGGUGGCUAUAAUCAACAAAGCCACCAACACCGUGUUCUGCGGAGGAUCGCUACUGAGUGAUGUCUGGGUUGUCACCGCAGCCCACUGCAUAACUAAGAGCAAGGGACCUUUCUUCAGCCGACUUGGGGAACAUGACAAGCGCAAGAAUGAAAAAAGUGAGCGUGACCACGAGGUGGAUGAUGUCAUCCUCAACCCUCAUUACGACGCCAAGAAGAGCCUCUACAACCACGACAUCGCCCUGCUCCACCUCCAGACCCCCGUCAUCUUCUCCGACUACAUCAUCCCCAUCUGCCUGGGCACCAAUGGCUUCACCGAGUUCCUCCUGAGGAACGCCGCCACGUCCCUGGUCAGCGGUUGGGGCCAGGUGCGCUUCGGCGGCCGUGACUCGCCCACGCUGCAGAAGGUCCAGGUACCUUACGUGGACCGGACCGAGUGUAAGCGCAGCAGCAGUGACCACGUGUCCAACUUCAUGUUCUGUGCCGGCUACGACACCCUGGAGAAGGACGCGUGCCUGGGGGACAGCGGCGGCCCACACGCCUCCAUGUACAAGGACACCUGGUUCCUCACAGGCAUCGUCAGCUGGGGAGAGGAGUGCGCCAAGGAGGGCAAGUACGGCAUCUACACACGCAUCUCCAAGUACUUCCAAUGGAUCUCCGACGUCACAGGCUUGACUCUCGCCCCCACAAAUUGACCAAGGACCCAAACCAAAUGUGUCAAACAUAGGAAUGCAAAAUGUCAUAUUUGACACCGCUUUAGUUAAAGAAAUGUGCUGUGUCUUUAGGUAAACAAUGUGCAGGGUCAACGGUUGUGAAGGAUGCAUAAAGAAUUGUAAGCUUCCAAAGCAUUCCAUAGUCUGAUGAUAUUUAUUUAAUUCAAAAUGAUUCACUCAAGAGUAAGACAAAUAGACAAAUAAAGAUGUCCUCUCAAAAUA